AUGUCGACGGUACUUGCUGCACGCCGGCAUGUCAAGGGUGUACGUUUUCACCCUACUGACACGGAGCUAAUCACCUAUCUUAAAAAGUUCUUCAAGAGUGAACGUUUUUCGAGUCAGUGCCCUAUCCAGUUUGCAGAUAUUUAUGGAGAUCAGCCGCCAUGGGAGAUAUUCGGAACUUCUGAAGAGAAAGUCCGCUACUAUAUUACUCCGUUGAAGAAGCGGAAGAGUGAACAUAUAAGGUAUUGUCGAACUUGCGCCAAUGGGACAUGGAAAGGCCAAACCAGUGAAUAUCCUAUAAGGGACCGUAAGAGAACUGUGGUAGGGUUUGGAAGAAAUUUCACGUUUCAAACUAAGGAACGGGAGCAAAACAAAACUUGGCUGAUGAAAGAAUAUUUCGUCGCGGAUGAUUUCUUCAGCGAGAACAAUAUUCCUAAAGAAGAUUAUGUCAUCAGCCGAAUCAAGAAGAAGGUAAAAGAUAAAAAGGUGAAGGAUAAUGGGGCAACUUAUAACAUGGAAGAACAAUAUGUUGCAGGAAUUAUCAAAGUUAUGUUGCAUGAACCAGCUGAUGAUCACUACUGCACAACAAAACCAACGGAAGAUCAAGUUAUGGAGGAGACUGAUCAAUGGGACUCCAUCAUCGACGAGGUUUGUGAUCAACAAGCUGAUGAAGUUGAGAAUACAACGUUCAACACUACCAUGGAGAACCAAAAUACAACAUGGAGCAGUACUACCUUGGAACAAGAAGCAUACGCACAACCUCUGAUUGGGAUUGAGCAAGUGCAAGGCGACGGAGCUAAUCAUGAGAAUGACAUUGAAAGCGGUGGAUUCUGGGAAACGAUAAGUGGAAUAUUGGGAGAUGCUACUAUUGAUAUUUCUGAUUAUUUGUAGCGGCUUGAUGAUGAUCAGUCAUCACUUCUCAUAGAUAUGAAUGG